AUGGAUAAAGGUUGCUGGUGGGCGCUUGAUCCAGCGGAUCUCCCAGGAGGGCAGGCGACUCACGUGUCGCUUUUGCUUCCAGACUCUGAAGACCGGGAAAACCUGCUGAGGAACGGGGUGACGCACAUCCUUUCCGUCCACAACGGCGCCAAGCCGGUGCUGGAGGACAUGACCUAUCUCUGUAUCUCAGCCUCGGAUUCAUCCAGUCAAAACCUGCUGCAGCAUUUUAAGGAGUGCAUCAAGUUCAUCCAUGAAUGCCGGCUCGGUGGGGGAGGCUGCCUCGUCCAUUGCCUGGCUGGGAUCUCCCGCAGCACCACCAUCCUGGUGGCUUACCUCAUGACGGUGACCGAGCUCGGCUGGGAGGGCUGCCUGGCCGCCACCAAGGCCGUGCGGUCCUACGUCAGCCCCAACUUUGGCUUCCAGCAGCAGCUUCAGGAGUACGAGGUGACCUUGCUGCAGGAGUACCGUGCCUGGAUCCGCUGCAGCUACGGCAGGAACCCAUUCAAGGACCAGGAGGAGCUGCAGCGUUUGCUGGCCCAGCAGGAGCAGAGUCAGAAGGAGCAGCAGCUGGAGAGCAGGGAGAGCUCCUGGCUCCGCUCUCCAGCUCCCACCUACCCGCUCCCCUACCACGCAGGUGGCACCAGCAGAAGCAGAUGGAUGAACAGAUAAGCAGCCGGCUGCUCAAAGGCAGACAUUGGCCCUGGGGCUUGAAAAACUCUGUAUUUCCUUUGCCAAAAGCCUGCAGGGGGUUCAUGUCUAGGGCAGCAAGCAGCCAGCGCCAGCCUCAGCCACGGGCUUGAGGAUUGGUGGGAGGGGUCAGGACUUGCAGACCCUCCCCUUGGCUGCUGGCUCCAUGUAUACCUCUGAGCAAGCCAGUUAAUUGAUGCCAGUGUCUUGCUCUAUCCUGUUCCCCCAUUCCCCAGUGGAUUGCGGCCACUUUUCCAUCACCCGUAGCAGCAGCAAUCCCUGUCCCUCUCUCCAGCAGCACGGUACCCGGGCGCUCCUCCGGCAGGGCACAGGGAUGCUAACGCAGACCUUGGAAAGCCCAGAGCAGGGUGAGAUGUGGAGAGGCCACCUUGCCUUCUGCUUUGCAGCGGAGCUGGGAGCCGAUGCAGCCUGUGAGGCUGCCCCAGGGAGGGAGGGAUGGCUCCUGGGGUGUGGGUGUGCUGCCAAGCCCGGCUGUCACCCCGUGGGAUGGGGAGAGCGGCCAGAGGCCGAGCUGCUCCCGGGACUACAGAUGCCCCUUGACGCAUUGGACUUUCCUGGUCCUGCCUGGUCUUGGCAGAUGUCUGUCUGGCAUUUUUCUUAACCCACCCCAGGGGAGGGGGAAAUCCAGCAGUGCCAGAGGCUGCCUGUCCCCACUGCCUCCAUCCCCGGAGCCGAAGCGGUUUUGGGUUUCCCCUGCCGCCCAAUCUGAAUGUCCCCGGUUGCAAAAGAAGCCAAUUGUUAGACUGGACUCGGUUGACUCGCAGAGCAACUUAAUGCUGUCCCUCUCCAACAGCCUUUUUAAUACUGAAAGACCAUGACUGUGUCCCUUUUUUCAUCCCAAACUCAUACACCGUGUUUCCAAACCAUGGCCUCGCUGCCUUCCUUUGCCAGGACUCCCUCCAUCUGUCUUACAAGGGGGGUGCCAACCCUUCGAGGCAGUCCUUCUACAUUCAGACCUUCAAAUCUUUCAUGCCAGCUUGCUUUUUUGCUAUAAAUACCUUCUCUGGCUUCUCAAAAAAUAUCGGUUCUGGAAUCCAUUCUCAGAAAAGAAAAAAAUAUCCUUAAAAUAUUUCUAGGAAUUGCCUUAAUGAAAAUUUCUGCGUACUCUGAGUGUGACAGCGCUGGGGGUGACUCGCUCAAUUCCUAA